GCUCUCCCUCCCCCUUCUCAUCCCCCUAGCUCCAGCUCUCUCUGGGCACAUCUAAAACGAUACAGCUGCCGAGAGAGUGGAAGGGAGUGAACCAGAAGAGAAAGGCAAAGUGGCUAGGAAGGCAAGGACACACACCCAGACAUUUCCCCCUGGUUUGGUAGUAAUCGAUACAAUCACUUACACCGCCAAGAAAACACGGCCAGCUCAAAGCAAUUUUCUCAAGGAGAAAACACUCUCCAGCACUCAGGCUCAAAUGACCGAGACUUCGCAGGAAAGAAAAACGCAAGGCAGAAAGCAGAUCAGGGAAUGCGGUCUGCUCAGCAGCAAUACCUGUGUCACGUACCUCAUUUCUCUUUAGCACCCUGCUGUGGGAAGCUUGGCAAAAAUGAAGAUGGUUUCGGUGCUGCUGCUGCUGCUGAGCACCCUCCUGGGUACCCCCGCGGCGCCUCCCCAGCGCCCCGCUUGCUACAAGAGGGCCCUCAAGGAGCACAGCUGCCACGCCAUCCCCGAAAGCAAGGAGAACCUCCGACACAUCGACGACGGUCUGCAAGAUCACUUUUGGGAAGGGAAGGGCUGCGAGGUGAUCUGUUACUGCAACCUGAACGAACUGCUCUGCUGCCCAAAGGAUAUUUUCUUUGGACCGAAGGUAUCGUCUGUGAUCCCCUGCAACAGCUGAUGAUUCAAGUCUGCGAGUAAAGAUAACAGACAUCAUUCUGUGAUCAUGUAGUAAUGUUCUCAAGGGGAAAAACAGAACUACCACCAACAAAAAACAACUUCCUUUCUAACCACAAGUCACUGCCUUACUUUACACUGUAGAAAGAAUUUAUUUUCUAUACCUUUAUGGAGUAUCAAAUAUGUAAGGAGUUUUCUUUUCAAAUCUGGUAGUUGACCUAAUUUCCAUAAAGCCAUUUCCAUGGCUUAACAGACUGUACAAGCUCUUAAUGUAUCCUAAUAUGCAUCCCCCAGCAAAAAGCAUUACUCUUCUUACUCAGCACAAUAUCCUUAGCUAGUCUGGACAAAGAAACUUCAAACUUAAGCUUUCAUGUUGCUGGGAACAUGACCCUCAGAGCAACUUAUGGCAGUGCAGCUUCCUGUUCCAUUAUUGCCACCACACUUAAAAAAAAAAAAAAAUAGUAAAAACUGACAUUAACAGUACUAAAGCACACUUGGGUCUUAUGUCUAACUGGUCAUCUGCCACCUCUCUAAAUCCUUAAAUUGCUUAAUGUUAGCAUUGAACAUUUAAAAAUAUUAGAACAACUCAUUUCUUAAUCAAACUCUUUCAAAUACAGUACCCCAAAAGUAAGUUUAAAAGCUGGCUUUUUUAGGCUAGCCCCAUAAGGCAAUAGCUACAGAAAAUUCAGAGAUAAUCACCUUAAUAUUUAAGAGAUACUGUGAUAUAUGAGAUAGAUACAAAGAGACAUAAUUUUCUGACCAUUUUUCUGUUAUAUCACAAUCUGCAUUGGCAGGUGUGGAGAGGUGACCACAUAAUUUUAAGCAGUCACCUGAGCAAACCAGGCUUACAGGUAGCAAACCUGACUUGCUGCCUGAUAAACUCUUUAGUUAUCAAGUCAGUCACAUGGAAAGUGUGCAGUACUGAAGGAACUGUGCAGUCUUCUCUACUCAAAAACCACACUGUUCACCUAAUAAUCUUACACAUUGGCCCAAACUGCUACCACCAGUUUACCAUGCUUGCUUCAUGUGUCAGUAUAAAGUCUCACCGUGGCUGCUUUUCUUCUUGUUAGCAAACAAGAGCUGGACACUGGGUGAGGGGAUGAUUACACACAGCCAGUAAUAAAAGUUUCAAGUAAAUCUGUGAGUACUAUUUUUGCCCUACUGACUGUUAAAAGAGUUUGUGUCACCAGGCUUUUCAA